AUGGAGGGCAGGCAUGCUCGAAAGAAAAUGAUUGGUGACGCUGGGCUUGAACAAACGGAGCGGGCCGAGGAAGAAGUGGAGUACGGGCUGAGACUAGAGGAAAGUGGGUCGUUUCAGGAAGUGCUUAAGCCCAAUGUUGCUUGUGAUUUGAAGAAGGCAGGUGUGGAAGGUGCUCUUAGGAAGGAAGAUGGGCUUUCAAAGGAGUUAGGCACAAUCAAGUUGGGAGACAAAUAG